GGCAGGUCAAGAACACGAAUUUAAAGUAAAGAUGACUUGCGAAGGCUGUUCUGGGGCUGUUGAAAGAGUUCUAAAUAAAAAUAAAGAUAAGAUAGAAACAUUCAGCAUAAACCUAAAAGAUCAACGCGUUAAAGUAAAGUCAGCUUUGUCUGCUGAUGAAGUGCUCGAGAUGAUAAAGAAAACAGGUAAAGAUACUGAACAUGUCUCCACUACAUUAUGUUGA